UAGCAUCCGCAGUUGAUGCAAAGUUGGAGUUUACCACUUGAUGGCUGCUUGUCGACCUUGUCCGAGCCUUCUCGUGUUGUAAUUUGGCGUCAGUGUGUCAUAAAUGUUUCAAUUACGUUUAUACAUUGAUCAUAUGUGAAUUAUUUGCUUGAUUGGAUAUUAUUUCAAGUUGGAAAUGGCCGCAAUUCUACGUGUAAAACGCAAGACCGCCGAUUCGCCACAAGAGUCGUUGGUAAUUGCGUGUAAACGCCAGAAAACUGAGUGCUCUGAUUCUACUCCAAAUACGCAACUUGUCGCCGAAUUUGCCGGCACACUCACAGAUCCCACAAAAGAUGUUGUGGAGUGCAUAGCUGAUCUUUUGCCUAAAGUGGAAAGUCGUGAAGCCGGUGUCAAGAGAGCAUUCAACGAUAAUUAUGCUGAAUGCAUCCCGAAAAAGCUCUCUAAAAGUACUGAAACAAAUUUGGCAGAAAGGUACAAAGUUAUCCAGUGGUCAUCUUUGAAUGAAGAGAAAAAUUACACGUUGGAGGAUAAAUACAUGACACUCAUAGACGUGGAGGAUUGCUGGAGUACUAAUGCACUUUAUCUUACGGAUAAAGAGGAUAUCGAGGAUUAUGAGUACGAUUUAUAUUACGCAAAAACCAAUGAUGAUGACAUUGUAUGGUUAAAGAAUGAAAAUUUAUGGGUAAUGCAGCCAGAAUGCCCCAAUGUUGAAUCUGAAGAUGAUGCUGACUCCGAGGACUCCAAUGCAGAAUCACAUUGGAAAAACGAUUAUCCUGAUACGGAUCCUGAUAAUUCAUCAGAUCAUGAUUCUGAUUCUGAUAAUUUUGAUAAUUUUGAUAAUUUUGAAGAUAAUGACGAUUCCGAUUCCGAAAUUGACUCGGAUACUUGUAGAAGAGGUAGACGUGGCCAUUUAUUCCCGGAUGAUGAGCUCUGUUAUACGUAUAAAACGACCUCGUCAGAUAGGUUAUCAUCGAGUGAUGAAGAUUUCAAAAAUGAUCCAGAAAUAUCACAUGAUGAAGAAGUGUCAAACGAUGAAGAAAUAUCCAGUGAUGAAGUAUAAAAUUAAAAAGUAUUAAACUAGAUGGAAUAGAUGAUGAGAAAAUGGAAAAUGUACAGGAAGGUUAAUACAUUGUCAAUAAGUAUGAAAACGUAUGAUUGUAAAAAGAUUUUUGCCAAUUGUUGAAACUUCAGAAUGAAUUAGAAACAUGAACAAUUUUAAUUAAAACGUACCUUCGCAUAUUUUUAGAUAAUUUGUAUAUAUAAAAUACCUUGUUGAAUACAUACUUUGUAAUAAACGUUCUUUUAGUACAUACAUUUUAAUUUUUCCUAUUUUCGCUUUUCUUGCAAAAGAAACGAAUUGUAAAUGGCAUGGUUUUAUUUUUAUAUUAUUUAUUACAGACUUUUCUAUAGAAAUGUGUGUGUGUGUGUGUGUGUGUGUGUGUGUGUCUGUAUGUGUAAAAUGUUUUAUGUGUGCUUAUGUGUAAAAAUUGUCUAUCAAAAUAAAAACGAUAAAAGUAAUAAACCUAGAGAUGAGGAGAUCGAUCACGCAAAUAUUAACAAAGAAGUUCGGUUUGUUGUAAAAUUUUGAUCCAAUUAAAUCUUGUGGUUUUACAUGAAUUAAAAGAAAGAAACCAUUGACUAAAGU